GCUCUACAGAAUACCAACAACAGACUCCUCAAACUGUUAUCAGACACUGUAAGGAACGCUGCAGCUACUGAAGACACUAUCAACCGUCAGUUAGAAGAUCUAAUCGAGGAAACCAGCCAAGUAGAAAGUGGUUUUGGUGGCGGCGAUGAGCUCUCAUCUGCUACACUUUCUGCAUCUCAGUUCCCGCCGGACUCGGCGAGACGAGUCAGGUUUUUACCACAAGGAGCUUUUACUUCAACACCAGCAGCGGCUUUAGCCAUGCAGGGACACCCAGGUGAAGGAGACGAUGCAUCAGACGCAGGGGACACAACCCUGACUAACAAGUCCGACCUGUCAUUCUUGAGUGACGAGGGACUCGAGGUAUCCCAGCAGGUAGUGACUGACAGUCUGUUCCAGGGACCGAGUCUUGACGAACAGGGGGAGGAGCUCGUGAUAGACAGUGGCAGUAAACUGAAGACGGCUGUUGAUAGGUUACUGGAAAUGGUUACUGUGUUGACAAGACAGCUGAACCAAGCAAGAAUGGCCCAGAAGGAGCUCCACGAUACAACAGCACAGCGUAACGAAGAGCUUGGUCAAAUAAUGUCUGCACAGGAAAACCUAAUGGCUCGUCUCGAAGAAGAGCUACAAGAAAGACAGAGAUUAGAGAAUGAAUUGAGGAAAAUGAAUGAACAGUUGGAAGAAUAUGCGGCUGAAAAUCAAAGACUGGAAACUGAAGUAGAGAAAUUGAAAARGGACGCUGAAACUGUUCCUGAAACAAAAGAGCGAAUGAAGGAUGCUGAACCCGAAAAAGAGAAAGAGAAACUGCAAGAAAACGAAGAUUUAAAAGCCCAAAAACAAGAGCGCAUGAAAUUAGAAGAGUCUAUGAAAGAAGUCCUAAAAACCAACGAAGAGUUGAAAGAAAAACUUGCCAAGUUAGAAGACGAGAAAUCCCAACAAGAUGACGCAUCCAAGACUAAAGAAGAGAAGCUAGAAGAACUGGCGAAGGAGAAAGAGGCUGCACAGAAUGAAAUCGAUAGUCUACAGAAUGCUGUGGAAGAACUAAAAACUGCGAAAGAGAAGCUGGAAGAAGAGGUAAAGAUGAAGAAACCUGAAUCUGGUUUCGUAGACUCGGAAAGUCUUGAAGGAUCGGAAGCGAUCGAGGAGUUGAAAUCGAAAUUGAACCAUUUGGAAUCCACUAACAAGAUUUUAGCAGAUAAAUUAGACGAGUUGACAAAGGAAGUUGAUGUCAAGUCUGCUGAAAAUGAAGAGAUAAAGAAUCAGAAUGAAGCUUUGGUACAGCGAUUGGCAAGCCUGGAGAAAGAGGCCAGUAGAUCACAGAUGACAGGAUCUGAAGGCGAAGUCAUCUCUGAAAAUGAAAGACUCAAAGAGGAAAAUGCCAUCCUUUUGGAAGAAAAUGAGAAGCUGAAAGAUGCCAUUGAACAGUUGAGAGAAGGAGUGCAACAUCUUUGGGACGAGAAAGAGGAAGCUAACAGUGAGAUUACAAAAUUGAAAGCUCAGCUUUCAGGAGAAGAAUUGGAGAGCUACGAAAAAUCUGAGGAACUGAAGUCCGAGAUCAAACAACUGAAAGACAAUAAGAAACAUCUAGACGAAGAAUUAGAGGCCGCAGAGAAGCUUAUCGAAUCUCAAAAGGAGCUGUUGCAAGCAUCAGAAGAAAGGCUUGCUGUCGUGCCUGCAUUAGAAGAAAAAUUGCAAGAAAAAGAAGAGGCGAUAAACUCAUUAAAGCAGGAAAAGGAAAAAAAUAGAGAAAAGUUUCUGCAACUUCAGCGAGCGCUGGUAGGCAAGGAGGAGGGAAACAUCCCAGUUGUGAUAGUGGAAAAUGUCGAGAGUGAUUACCCGCCACCAGGUGGCACGUUUGACGACGAAGCGGCACCACCACCACCAGCUGAAGUAAAAGAGCUCAAAGACCGUAUUAAAGAACUGGAGCAACAGGUUGAAGCGUUCCAGAAGGCACAGGAAGAAAGCGUACACGAGGUUGAUGAGGCAGACAAACUCAUAAAACUUGUUGAACAAGUUUCUUCCGAAAAGGAAGACCUUGCAAGUCAGCUGAAAGAACUUCAAGAAAAGUUUGACCUGGAUAAUUUAGAGGCGCAGACAAAGGAGCUCCUUGAAGCAGCAACAGCAGAAUUCCAGCAGCAUAUUGAGAUUCUCGAAAAGAAAAGAAAAGAAUUGGAAGAAGAACUUGAUUCGAAGGCUGAACGAGAAGUAGAGCUUCUUGGUCGUGUAAAUGAGCUGCAAGAAGAAUUAGCGAGAGCAUUGGAAUCAGAGCAGAAGGAAGAGGAAGUGAGAAAGGAGUUGGAAACGAUUAGGCAAGAACAAGAAGACUGGCAAAGAGAGAAAGAGACCUUGCAGAAACAAUUGUAUGACAGAUUGAUGGAGAUAUCUGAACUGAAGGAAGAGGUCUCCCGUAAUAAACACUCUGGAGAGACUACCAAACCUGUACCAGCACCUGACCAGGCCGUAGAGGACAUCAACCAAGCAUUAGAGGAAAAGAACGAAGAGGUGAUGCUUCUUGUUGAACAACUAAAUGUCUUCAAAAACGCGUAUGACGAAAAAGAAGACGAAUACAAAAUCCUUUCUGAGCAAAUGGAAGAAAUGAAAUCUAUGAUGGAAGAACAGCAGAAGCUUCUGGAAGAUCAGCACGCAAAGCUGACCGAGCAAGAUGCUAUUGUCUCUGAGAAAGAAGGUCACCUGCAGAAAUUCACUCAGUUGUUAGACGAAGUUAAACAAGAACACGAGGACAAGGAGAAGCUGGAGAAAUCCUUACAGGAAAGUCGUGUAGCUUUAGGUGAACAUCAGGAGGUCGUGAAGCAAUUAAAAGAUGCUUUACAGGAAAAAGGGAACGAAGUGAAAGCUAAGGAAGAAAAUAUCCAAGCCCUGACUGAUGAGCUUGACAAUACCAAAGCUACAAGUGCAAACGCGCUGGAAAAACUAAACGACAAAGUUGAAAGUUUACAAAAGGAACUCGAUAACGUAAAGAAUGUUUUCGAAGCAAAGGACGAAGAAAACGAGAAGCUGCGAACUGUAAUUCAGGCAAAAACCGAACAAUUUAGCGCUUCUGUUGCUGAAAAAGACCAACUGGAACAAGCAAUGAAAUCACAGACUGAAAAACAUCAAGAUGAAGUUAAAAACCUUAAAAAAAUCCAGGAAGAAAUGAUGAGUAAGACAGGUGUGCCACAAGGCACAGUUGCGGGACCACAGCUAAAAAUUGCCGAGGACGAAAUUCGUCGACAAUACGAAGAAAGAAUCGUGGCUUUGAAAGAAGCUGAGAAGCAGCGACGAGAAGAGGAAAUAGCGAAAGAAGUGAAGAAAAUGGAGAAAGAAAACUUGGAACAGAUAAACAACGUUCGCCAGGAAUUGUUGAAGGCUCAUAACGAUUACGUGAACCAGUUACGACAAGAACACCAAAGGGAGAUGGAGAGAGUACAGUCAUUGUCAUUGUCAUCAAUCAAUCAGGAUCCUCUAACACCAGAGACAAGAGCUCGUUUAGAGUCCAGUGUCGAUGAAACUGAGAAGAUGAGAGUGUUGUUGAACCACCUACUGGAGCAGGAGAGAAAGACAGCUCUGGAUGAUUCACAGCAGAGACAAGACGAUGUUAUUGAGAGGCUUAUCAAUAAUCUAAACACCGAAGCAGAAACCAUUCAGUCGUUGGCACAAGUCGUAACAUCAUCUGAUGAAUCAAAACCGGACUUGCCUUCCUUACAGUCUGCUUGGCUAGCUGAGAAGAAAGCUUUACUUGAAGCUAUCCAGGCGCUGAAGAACCUAGUGGCACAGACUAGACAGACUGCUCUGCCAACAAAUCCAGACAGCACCGCUGAUUGGAGAGGAGACCUACUCAAAGCGGUUCAGAAGGUGAUUGAGAAAGAUCGAGAUGUCUUGGUAUCCGAGUUACGAUCACAACAAUUAAUAGCAGGGGCCAGUCAAUCUCCUGCACUGUCCUUAGAAAAGCAGCUCAAAGCACAGAAUGAAUUAAACCAUCGUGUGGUGACGGAGCUUCUCCAACAGGAUCGUUUGUCUCUUUUGAACGAAAUACAAGAACUGCGUCAUAUGGUCAAUGAACGACCUUUAGAACAGGCACAACUAAUAAACCAACAGCUUAAACUUGUCAGAGAAGAAGCUCAGAGAAGAGAAAAAGAUUUGAAGGCACAAAUUCAAUCCAAAACACGUCAAGUCGAGCAAGAACAAGCCGUUGCAGACGCUUUACGCGCAGCAGUCGAUACAGAGAAAGCAGACAAGACAGACCUUCUGAACAGCCUUAACCGCGAACGAAGCUUAGUGACGAAUCUUAAAGAUGCCUUGUCCAGAGAGAAGGGUAAAAUCACCGAUCUUGGGGCCGCGCUGGAGAAAGAAAGAUUGCAGACAUCGACAUUCAGAACAUCUUUGGAAGCAGAACGAUUAAGAGUAGCCAACCUAAACCAGGCCAUAGAUAUUGAACGCGCCAGUUCAAGGAAAUUCCAGGACGCCCUCGAAUCAGAGCGGAGGCGAACAAGAGAUCUAUCCAACCAAUCACAUGAGAGUGCAGAAGAUUUGCGCAAACAGAUACUUGACGUGCGCCAUCAGAAAACUGAACUGGAGGUGGCGUUGGAAAGAGAAAAGAUUAUCGCGUCUAAUCUGGAAGCCGAGUUGGAAACAGAAAGAGCACUGAAAUCCGAUGCUGCAGCAAAAGAAAAGGACGUGAUCGAAGAGAUGUUUGUCGAGUUGAAAGAAGAACGUGUACGAAACGCAAAUUUACUGGACGCCCUGAAUCGCGAACAACUGCGUGCGCAGGAACUACAAAGCAAAAUAGAUGAAGUACAGCCCUCACAGGCGAGAGUAAAACAACUAGAAAAUACUAUACAAGGAUUACAAGAAGCCCUUUCACUGGAGAGGAACCACGCCUUAGAUUUAAGCACAGCACUCGAAGAAGAGAAAGAAAAGACUUUACAUCUAGAUGCUUCCCUUGAAGCAGAGAAAGAACGUAACGUAGAGUCUACCAAAACAGACAAGAUUGUUGCGCAUCAACUCAAGGGUGCUUUGGAUGGUGUACAGAAGCAGCUAGUAGACCUAACUGGAGCUCUAGAGAAUGAACGCCAUCGUGCUCGUAAGAUGCAAAACGAACGUGACAAACAACAAGCAACGGCAAUGGGACACAGAGAAAGAGAAAAACAGCUGAGCGAUGAGUUGGAAGCUGAAAGAAGCAAACGAAUCAAUUUAGAAUUGAAAUUGUCAAGUGAAAGAGAAAAGUUAGCAGCAAUUGAGAAGGAAGCUGAAGAUACGCAACGUCAAGUGAAUGAGUUACGGAACGAAGCUGAUCGACUGACCGCGAAGGAAAGCGAAAAGGACGCUAAUAUGUACCCGAUGCGUAUUCGACUGUUGCUUCUCCAGCAACAGCUUGAAUCAAUGAGACAACAGCAUCAGGUUUUAAUUAAUAAACAUGAAAAUGAACUGCAAAAGACUAAAGACCAAGACUCCUUCAGGGAUACCCGACCAUUGAACGAAAUCCACCAAUCUUUGUCCAAUUUGCUUAAAGAAUUGGACCAAAUCAGAGCCACUUUAACGGUUCACAUUGACGAUAAUGAAACCAUUCCUUUAUCACCCAUCAAAUCUGCUGCUUAUGAACGUGCAAUGCGACAAAAUUCAGAAUUAGUCAGUUAUAUUGCUAAAGUUAAUGAAGAGAAAACAGAGCUACUCUCUUCACUGAGGAAGUUUGAGGAACAGGUUUCGCAGUACAGAUAUAAAGAAAAGACCGACGAACAGACUGCCCGACAAGCAAAGGAGCAUGCAGAAUCUGUGCUAGCCGCUGAAAGAAGUCUCUGGGCGCAAGAAAAACUCAAAUCUCAGAAUGCUUUAAGUGCUGCAAAGGCUGAACUGUCACGUCUUCGAGAUGAGGCUCGUAAAGCUACCGAAAGACGAGGAUUGGAGACCAUUCCAACUAGUAGCCAACCCACUGAAGGAACCUGGUCGCAAGCCAAGAUUCAAAAGCUUUACAGCCGUUACGUUCGUUCAGAGAGCUUCAGAAAGGCGUUGGUGUAUCAGAAGAGAUAUUUACUUCUCCUCCUGGGGGGAUUCCAAGAGUGUGAACAGACUACAUUAGCAAUGAUUUCACGUAUGGGAGCUUAUCCAACCAAUACUGACCAACCGAGUCGAUUCCCCAGAGGAUUUUCACGCUUCAGAAUGGCCGUCCGUGCGGUUAUUGCCAUUAAGCGCAUGCACUUCUUGGUUAACAAGAGUAAGCGGGUCAGUAAACGCGUUUCAGGAGUUGACGAUAGAAAGAGCUCCAAGCAAACCAGGUCUGCGGUAACGUCGAGCCCUGAUUUACUUCAGGCUAACCAGACUAUGUACGAACCAGUCGGUGUAUCAAGAAGAACUAAGCCAUUGGUGACUGAGAGUGCACCAACUAGAACAAGGCGUGAACCUGUUGGUGGUCAUUAUACCGGCCCACCAUCACCACUUCUGGAUGGACAACCACAUCGAGCAGUAGAAGCUAAUGUUGGUUCUGGUUUAUACUCUGUACCCCAUCUGACCAAUGGUGUUGCAGGCACUUCACCGCUACCUAGCACGCAUCACCAUGAAGAUUACAGGUUUCCACAAGGCACUUCUUCAUCGCCAGGUCGUUAUGGUACAAGUACAAUAGACCGAAGGUCAAGGUAUACUAAUGGAGACAUAGGAGACCAACAGUCUACUAGACCUUCAAUUACGACAACUGAUCGACUUGGUUCUCUUUACGGGACGAGGGAUCUAGAAAGUCAACGGGAACUCACCUCAAGGAGAACAGAACCUCUAACUUCUGCUUCAAUGACUAGCGAACGUACAAUUCCUUACGCAAGCAGGUCGCCAAGAGCUCCGAGUCCAUCGAGAAAAGAGCGUCAUCAGUCUCCGAGUACUUUACGAACCUCUCCGAAAUCUAACGAUCGCUAUCGACCUCCAAUGUCGCCGCCUGUUCGGGACUCGGAAUCGGAUGAAAGGGAUCACAAUGGUUUUAUCGGUCAUGGACGAAGUGCAGACGUGUUACCUCGACACUCAUCGCCGCGAGGUAACCGCACACUGUCCAGUUACGAUGAGGGCCUUCCUCGAGAGAGUUCUCCAGGGAGUUCAUCACUAAGCGGCUCAUCUCCACGAGAGAAUGGUGAUCACUCGCUGUCAAUGUACAUACAGAGACUCGAGUCGCUCCAGAACAGACUAGCUAGUGCAAGUAAAGGUGCAUCAACAAGACAACCUACACGAUCAAGACGGUAUUAAGAUCCUACCAGGGCAUGUUAUACCAUCAACUGACUAGUGCACCCUUUCAUAAUAGGAUGAUGUCAUCUACUUGGACUUGCAAAGAUGAUACUCUACUUCUGUAUCAUGCAGAAAAUCGAUUAGCACAGCCUUUGAUAUCAUCUUUUCGAUCUAGACCCUGUUGUCUACAGAAAACAAACUAGUGCGGUCUUUGACAGCCUUUGAUACCAUCGUUUUGUCUAUCGAGCCAGGUUUGAUCCAGGCGAACCAAUAGAUCYGUGAAGAAGCACUUUAGUGGUAUUAGUGGAUAUGUUUGCAUCAAAUAGUAUUUAUCCCUUAAAAAAGAAUCAUCAUUUUUUACUUCUGUAAAUAGCUUUUAGCGUUGUUUAGUAGUACCUGAACAUAUACGGCAGAAUAUGAAGUAGAGUGUACUUCGUUGGCCUCUACCUUGUAGUGCUAAUGCAUUCGUAUAAGCUUGUAAUGUGAAGCCAUUGCUACCAAUGUUAGGGAGGAAACAGUCGUAUGGUAGAGACUACACCUACCUUCCUACCCACCCUAUUACUACUCCUUACUCUUGGUGCAUUUUUUGCUGAUGUCAUACUACUUCUCUAACUCACUCAUUCUUGUUCACUUGCUUUACGUUCCUUAUCGUAUCGUAAAGGAAAACUCUCAACAAUGCUAUUUAACGUAAUAAUUACAUGCAACUUUAUAAAAUCCUUGCUAUCAUAAGACGUUAUGAAACCGCCGCGUUGCACUUCGACAUUUAAUCAUCCAUCUAUCUAUCCUUCAAAAAAGUUAAAUUAUUGCCUGAAAUGUUUAUAAACCCCACGGCUCUAUAAAUAGUUCUGUAAUUAUUGUACCAUAAUACUAGAUUUAGUCUAGUUCCAGCCUUCGCUCUGUAUUCUCGAUCACGCGGACAGUUGGAUACUGGGACCAGACUACAUCAGCCAAUAGGAUUGUCGGCUUGUUUUGCCAACCAGUCAGCGUUUUGGAAAUUUUAUAUGUUAUAUCUUAAUAUCCCAAUUGUAAAGGUUAUUAAAUUAUUAGUCAUGAUUGAAAUAGAUUGGUAAUAUAUAAAGCAUUAGUGAUUGUUAAUGUAAUUAAUAUGACAAUUGUACAGAGAUGAUUAUAUUAUUUUAUUGCUAAGCGUGAUAUUUCGUAAUUAAAACCAUUUUCUAGAAA